CAGAAAAUGUCAGCAGCGUCCACGACUUCUACGCCAGCAGCAGCAGCAGUGGCACCUCAACAACCAGAAUCGCUGUACAGAGUCGUUCAAACGCUCGGAGAAGGCGCGUUCGGCGAAGUCCUCCUCAUCGUCAACACCAAGAAUCCAGAAGUGGCGGCGGCGAUGAAAAAAAUCAAUAUCGCCAAUAAAAGCAAGGAUUUCAUAGACAACAUUCGAAAGGAGUACCUUCUUCAGAAACGUGUGUCCGCUGUCGGCCAUGACAACGUGAUUCGAAUGAUAGGAAUGCGAAAUGAUCCGCAAUUUUACUAUCUCUUCCUGGAAUAUGCGGACGGCGGAGAGCUUUUCGAUAAAAUAGAGCCCGAUUGUGGAAUGUCGCCGGUUUUCGCGCAAUUCUACUUCAAACAACUCAUCUGUGGACUCAAAUUUAUUCACGAUAAUGAUGUGGUUCAUCGUGAUAUUAAGCCGGAAAAUUUGCUGCUUACCGGAACUCAUGUCUUAAAAAUCUCGGAUUUCGGCAUGGCAACUCUUUAUCGGAACAAAGGAGAGGAGCGACUGCUGGAUUUGAGCUGUGGGACGAUUCCGUACGCUGCUCCAGAGCUCUGCGCCGGAAAGAAGUACCGUGGGCCGCCCGUCGAUGUCUGGUCGUCUGGGAUUGUGCUCAUUGCGAUGCUCACCGGGGAGCUUCCGUGGGAUCGGGCUAGCGACGCCUCUCAAUCCUACAUGGGAUGGAUCAGCAACACGAGCCUCGACGAGAGACCGUGGAAGAAGAUCGACGUUCGAGCCCUCUGCAUGCUUCGUAAGAUCGUCACCGACAAGACGGACAAGCGCGCGACAAUCGAGCAGAUCCAAGCGGAUCCGUGGUAUCAGCACAAUUUCGGUCAAGUCGAGACACCGAACGGGCGGCCACUGAAACGCGCUCGCAACAAUGAUGAGAAUAUCACAUGCACUCAACAAGCCGAAUGCUCCGCGAAACGUCGUCACUUGGAGACUCCGAACGAGAAGAGCACUCUGGCGGAGAGACAGAAUGCUUCGUUCUCCCAGCCGACAAAGACUGAGGAUCUUCUGCUUACUCAGCAUAUUGAUAUGUCGCAGACCAACUCGAAUCUCCUCCAACGAAUGGUGUGCCGUAUGACACGUUUCUGCGUCGUCACCGACAUCCGUUCCACGUACCAAAAAGUGGCUCGAGCCAGUGAGCACGCCGGCUUCGGCGUUCGUGAGACUGACGACUACCGUCUACUAGUCACGUGGCGCGAGGUUUCGAUGAUGGUCAGUCUGUACACGAUGGGCGAUAUUCCCGACAAGCCACGUGUCAUGGUAGAUUUCCGCAGGUCUCGCGGUGACGGAAUCCAGUUUAAGAAGAUGUUCAUGGACGUUAGAAACCGUAUGCAUGAGUGGAUAUGUACCGACGGAAACAACUGGCUCGCCAAUCUUGGAUAUGUGCCAAGAAAUCCGCAGAUAGUUAAUGGUGGUGGAGUCAAUGUGGAGCACUCGGCGUCCUCGAUCAAUGUGGAUGUCUAAUUGUUUUUUUUUGUUUGUUCGUUUUUUGUUCCAUCAGACUAUUGAGAUUUAAAGCACAAUAUUUAUCAUCAUCAUCAUCACUUUAAACAUCUCCCUAUCCCAUUAAUUUUUAAAUUUAACGUGAAUUAACGCCGAAUUACAAGCCUGUGAAUGAAUGUUUGUUUU